UUAUUUGUACAGAUUCCGUUUGAAGAGAAGCCUGCUACGACUGAGCGAGUACAGUGACCGAACUAUGCCAGCGAUGAAAUAAGAAGCGGCGCGAGCUUGCAUUCGUAAUUCUUUCUUUGGGUCAUUGAUCAGUCACCCGGCGAUUGUCUUAAGGCGUCUCUCUUGGGGGGAAAACCGUCAUCCUUUGGCACUGGGGGCGAAGGGUGAAGCGGGGUAUCCGGCGUCAUGGCCAAUGCCUCCACAGAUCUGGACAAUGCGGAGGCCCAGCGGCAGCUCAACAACAACAACCGACCCGUCAGCACAGGAGGACACUGGGAGACCGAGACCACCAGCGCCAAGCUCUUCGAGUGCUCCCGCAUCAAAGCUCUAGCAGAAGAGAGAGAUGCUGUCCAGAAGAAGACCUUCACCAAAUGGGUGAACUCCCACCUUGCGCGGGUGUCCUGCCGAAUCGCUGACCUGUACAACGACCUGCGGGACGGCUACAUGCUCACCAGGCUUCUGGAAGUUCUGUCCGGAGAAAUGCUGCCAAGGCCCACGCGCGGCCGCAUGCGUAUCCACUGCUUGGAGAACGUGGACAAGGCUCUGCAGUUCCUCAAAGAACAGCGGGUCCACCUCGAGAACGUGGGCUCCCACGACAUCGUCGACGGCAACACCCGCCUGACCCUCGGCCUUAUCUGGACCAUCAUCCUCCGCUUCCAGAUCCAGGUGAUCAAGAUUGAGACGGAGGACAACAGAGAGACCCGGUCGGCCAAGGACGCCCUUCUGCUGUGGUGCCAGAUGAAAACAGCAGGGUACCCUGAGGUGAACAUUCAUAACUUCACCAACUGCUGGAGAGAUGGCCUGGCUUUCAACGCACUCAUUCACAGGCACAGACCUGAUUUAAUCGAGUUUCAUAAGCUAGGCAGGUCCAACGCCACUCACAACCUCCAGCAAGCCUUCAACGUGGCCGAGCAGAACCUCGGCCUCACCAAGCUCCUGGACCCUGAAGACGUCAACACAGAGAACCCUGACGAGAAGUCCAUCAUAACUUAUGUGGUGUCCUUCUACCACUACUUCUCCAAGAUGAAGGCCCUUAUUGUAGAGGGGAAAAGGAUAGGGAAGGUCCUGGACAACGCCAUCGAGGCGGAGCAGAUCAUCCAGCGGUACGAGGAGCUGGCGUCGGAGCUGCUGGAGUGGAUCGAGAAGACCAUCAGCGUCAUCAGCAACCAGAAGUUUGCCAACUCGCUCACCGGCGUGCAGCAGCAGCUGCAGGCCUUCACCACCUACUGCACCAUCGAGAAGCCCAUCAAGUUCCAGGAGAAAGGUAACCUGGAGGUGCUCCUCUUCACCAUCCAAAGCAAGCUCAGAGCCAACAACCAGAAGCCAUACGUGCCUCACGAAGGGAAGCUUAUCUCGGACAUCAACAAGGCGUGGGAGAGGCUCGAGAAGGCGGAGCAUGAGAGGGGCGUGGCCUUAAGGACAGAGCUGAUUCGCCAGGAGAAACUGGAGCUGCAGGCGCAGCGCUUCGACCAUAAGACGACCAUGCGGCAAGCGUGGCUCAACGAGAACCAGCGGCUAGUCUCACAGGACAACUUUGGCUACGACCUGCCGGCGGUGGAGGCGGCCAUGAAGAAGCACGAGGCCAUCGAGGCGGACAUCUCGUCGUACGAGGACCGCAUCGGCGUGGUGGUGGAGCUGGCGUCCGAGAUGGAGGCGGAGGGCUACUACGACAUCCGACGGAUCUCCGCGCGCAAGGAGAACAUCCUGGGCCAGUGGAAGCUGCUCAAGGAGCUGGUGGUGGGGCGCAAGACGCGGCUGGAGAAGAACCUGGCGCUGCAGAAGACCUUCCAGGAGAUGGUCUACAUGAUCGACUGGAUGGAGGAGAUACAGAUCCAACUGCUGUCUAAAGACUUUGGGAAGCACCUGCUGGAGGUGGACGACCUGCUUCAGAAGCACAGCCUCCAGGAGGCCGACAUCACGGUGCAGGCCGAGAGAGUGCAGACCCUCAACACUGCGGCCCUCAAGUUCACCGCCAUCGAAGGCUACCAGCCAUGCGACCCGCAGGUCAUCUGUAACCGGGUCAACCAUGUGAGCACGUGUCUGGAGGAGCUCAAGCAGCUGGCGGCCACACGCCGCACGGAGCUGGAGGAGUCCAGACAACUAUGGGCCUUCUACGAGGAGCUGGAGGAGUCGGAGGCGUGGAUCCGCGAGAAGACGUCCAUCCUGUCGACGCAGACGUGCGGCAAGGACCUGAGCAGCGUGCUGCGCCUGCUGCAGAACCACAAGAGCCUGGCGGGGGAGCUAGUGAGCCGGCGCGCGCUGCUGCAGCAGACCAUGAAGAAGGGCAAGCAGAUCCUGACGCAGAAGAGCUUCGGCACCGCCGGCAUCCAGGAGCGCGUCAUGGAGGCCAAGGGCGAGUGGAAGCGGCUCGAGGACCACGCCGCGCAGCGCCUCGGCCACCUGCAGGAGGCGCUGGACUUCUUCCAGUUCACCGCCGAGUCAGACGACCUGCUGAUGUGGCUGCAGGACAUCUACCGGCUGGUGUCCAGCGAGGACUUCGGCCACGACGAGUACUCCACGCGCUCUCUGCUCAAGAAGCACCGGUGCGUGCGCGAGAGCCUGGAGAAGCACCGCGCCAACGCGAGCGCCCUGCGCAAGCACGCCGCCUCGCUGCCGCCGCCCUACAGGCAGCUGGAGGAGGUGCACGCGCGCACGGCCGAGGUGGAGCAGCUGUACGCCGAGGUGGUGGACGUGGCCGUGCUGCGGCAGCAGUGGCUGCACGACGCGCUCGCCGUCUACCACAUGUUCAGCGAGGUCAACGCCUGCGAGGUCUGGAUCGACGAGAAGGAGCAGUGGCUCAACAAGAUGGAGGUGCCCGAGAGACUGGAGGACGUGGAGGUGGUGGCACACAGGUUCGAGAGCCUCGACCAGGAAAUGAACAGCCUGAUGGGAAGAAUACUGGACGUCAAUCAAAUAGUGCAGCAGCUCCUGGACAACGGCCACCCCAGCUCCACCGAGGUCCGAGGCUGUCAGGACCACCUCAACAGCCGGUGGAACCGCAUCGUGGAGCUGGUGGAGCACAAGAAGGACCACCUGGACUCGGUCCUGCGCAUCCAGAACUACCUGCUGGAGUGCGCGGAGAUCAAGUCGCAGAUCCAGGACAAGCGCAAGGCCAUCGACGCCACGCAGUACGUGGGCAGCGACCUGGGCAGCGUGCUGGCGCUGCAGCGCCGCCUCUCCACCAUGGAGGGCGCUCUCUCCGUGCUGGAGCCCAAGCUGCUCCACCUGCAGCAGGAGGCCGAGGAGCUGGCCACCGCCCACCCGGACAAGGCCGUGGAGGUGCUCGUGCCCUUCGAGGGCAUCAGCCUGGAGUGGGAGGAGCUCAAGAGGACGCUGCAGGGCUGCGAGGACUCGCUGACCGUGGCCGGGCGGCUCCAGCAGUUCAUCCAGGACCUGGACUCCUUCCUGACGUGGCUGGUCCAGACGCAGACGGCGGCGGCGGCCGACGAGCUGCCCAACACGCUGGAGGAGGCCGAGCGGCUCAUCAACUGCCACGCCUCGCUCAAGGAGGAGAUCGGCCGCUACGAGGAGGACUACGAGCGCCUGCAGGCGGUCAACGAGCUCCUGGAGGCCGAGGAGGCGCCGCUGCCCUACGCCGCCCUGCAGCAGUGGCUCCAGAAGCUGGACGUGGGCUGGAACAAGCUGCUGGAGAUGUGGGAGAGCCGGCGAGAGGUGCUCGUCCAGGCGCACAUCUUCCACCUGUUCAUGCGCGACGUCAAGCAGGCCGAGGCCUUCCUCAACAACCAGGAGUCAGGCCUGGCUCAUGUGGAAUUGCCCACCACGGUGGAGACGGUGGAGGCGGCCAUCAAGAAGCACAAGGAGUUCACCACCACCAUGGAGCUCAACCUGCACCGCAUCAAGGCCGUCAUCGAGGCCGGGGAGAGCCUCAUCAGCCAGAGCAACAUCUACUCCGAGCGCAUCAAAGAGCGAGUAGACGCCCUGGCCAACAGGGGGAACCAGAACCGCGAGCUGGCCCAGCAGUGGCUCAGCAAGCUCAACGACCAGUGGGAACUACAGAGCUUCCUGCAGGACUGCCAUGAGCUGGGGGACUGGGUGGCAGAGAAGAUGCUGAUGGCGCGCGACACGUCCCGCGACGAGACGCAGAAGCUGCACAAGAAGUGGCUGAAGCACCAGGCCUUCAUGGCCGAGCUGGCCCAGAACAAGGAGUGGCUGGACAAGAUCGAGAAGGAGGGUCAGCAUCUUAUGGAGGAGAAGCCGGAGCUGCGGGAGGCGGUGGCCCAGAAGCUGGGGGAGAUCCGGGAGUGCUGGCAGGACCUGGAGAGCACCACGCAGGCCAAGGCGCGCCAGCUCUUCGAGGCCAACCGGGCCGACCUGCUGGUCCAGAGCUACUCCAGCCUGGACCAGCGCCUGGGGCAGCUGGAGAACCAGCUGUGCCACCAGGACUACGGCCAGGACCUCACCACCGUCAACAAGCACCUCAAGAAGCUGCAGACGAUGGAGACGCAGAUGGAGGAGUGGUACCAGGAGGUGGGGGAGCUGCAGCAGGAGGCGGCGUCUCUGCCCCAGCAGGGCCGCGUCAUGGAGGACGUGAGCGAGCGCCAGGUGGUGGUGGAGUCGCGCAUCGUCCGCCUCAUCGAGCCGCUCAAGGAGCGCCGCCGCAUCCUGCUCGCCUCCAAGGAGGUGCACCAAGUGGGACGCGACCUGGAGGACGAGAUCCUGUGGAUGCAAGAGCGCCUCCCCCUGGCCACAUCGCAGGAGCACGGGAACACCCUGCAGGAGGUGCAGCAGCUCAUGAAGAAGAACCAGACGCUCCAGCGUGAGCUGCAGGGCCACCGUGCGCGUGUGGAGGACGUCCUGGAGCGGGCGUCGCUCAUCGCGUCCAUCCGGAGCCCGGAGGCGGACAUGGUGCGCGGGGGCCUGGAGCAGCUGGCCGGCCUGUGGGAGGCGCUGUGGCUGGAGACGGAGCACCGGCAGCUGGCGCUGGACGCCAUGUACCAGGCGCAGCAGUACUACUUCGACGUGGCCGAGGUGGAGGCCUGGCUCAGCGAGCAGGAGCUGCACAUGAUGAACGAGGAGAAGGGCAAGGACGAGCCGAGCACCCUGCAGCUGCUGAAGAAGCACCUGGUGUUGGAGCAGAGCAUCGAGGACUACGCCGAGACCAUCGGCCUGCUCUCGCAGCAGUGCCGGCAGCUGCUCGAGCUCGGGCACCCCGACAGUGAGCAGAUCAGCAAGCGUCAGUCCCAGAUCGAUCGCCUCUACGUGUCGCUGAAGGACCUGGUUGAGGAGCGCAAGUCUCGUCUGGAGCAGCAGUACUGGCUCUACCAGCUGAGCCGCGAGGUGGACGAGCUCGAGCAGUGGAUCGCCGAGAGGGAGGUGGUGGUCAGCUCCCCGGAGCUGGGACAGGACUACGAGCACGUCACGAUCCUCCAGGAGAAGUUCACGGAGUUCGCCUCUGAGACGGGCAGCAUGGGCCAGGAGCGCGUGACCGCAAUCAACCAGAUGGUGGACGAGCUGAUUGACUACGGGCACGGCGACGCGGCCACCAUCGCAGAGUGGAAGGACGGCGUGAACGAGGCCUGGGCCGACUUGCUGGAGCUGAUGGAGACACGUGGCCAGCUGCUCGCUGCCUCACACCAGCUGCACAAGUUCUUCUCCGACUGCCGUGAGGUCUUGGCUCAGAUCGAUGAUAAGAAGCGGCGGUUGCCGGAAGUGCGCGCGCAGCAGGGAGACACGGCUAACACCAGCACACUGCAGAGGCUCAUGCACACGUUUGAGCACGACAUUCAGCUGCUCGUCAACCAGGUGCGGCAGCUUCAGGAGAGCUCGGCGCAGCUGCGGACGGUGUACGCGGGGGAGAAGGCGGAGGCCAUUGCACGGCGGGAGCACGAGGUCAUGCACGCCUGGAAGGAGCUGCUGGUCUCCUGCGAGGACUGCCGUGUGCAGAUCACCACGGCGACGGACAAGCUGCGCUUCUUCAGCGUAGUGCGCGACCAGCUCAUGUGGAUGGACAGCAUCAUCUGCCAGAUCGGCAGCGGGGACAAGCCCAGCUCGUCUCUCCUCUCAGAAAUAAUGGAGUGUGGGCUCUCUGGUGCUUGCAGGGACGUGUCGUCGGUGGAGGUGCUGAUGAACUACCACCAGAGCCUGAAGAGCGAGGUGGAGGCGCGCGACAACAGCGUGCUGCAGUGCGUAGAGAUGGGCAAGACCCUGCUGGCCGCCCGCAACCCGGCCUCCGAAGAGAUCAGGGACAAGCUGGAGAGGGUGUUGUUCAAGCAGCGGGAGCUCUCUGAGAAGUGGGAUCGCCACUGGGAGUUCCUACAGCAGAUGCUGGAGGUGCACCAGUUUGCGCAGGAGGCGGUGGUUGCGGAGGCGUGGCUGACGGCGCAGGAGCCGCUGAUCAGCAGCAGUGAGCUGGGCUCCAGCGUGGACGAGGUGGAGCAGCUCAUCCGCCGCCACGAGGCCUUCCGCAAGGCCGCCUCCAACUGGGAGGAGAGGUUCAGCUCGCUCAGACGCCUCACCACCGUGGAGAAGAUCAAGGCGGAGCAGAGCAAGCUGCCGCCCACUCCUCUGCUGGGCCGCAAGGUGUUCCUGGACCCUCAGGAGAUCUCCCCCGCCCGCUCCACCACCUCCUCCGUCCUACGGCAGACCAUCUACGAGCAGCAGGCGGUGGAGCGCGGCGAGCGGUCAGCGCAGGCCUCCCCGUCCUCCGCGGCCCGGCGGCUGGGCUCCACGGUGGCCAACUACACGCCCGUGCUCAACGGCUCGGCGUACACGCGCAGCAUCGAGGCGCGCACCAGCGGCCUGGUCGGGGUCGCCGCCGGACUGGGCAUGGGCAUGGGGUCGCCGCCGCCGAUGCUGGCCGUGUCGCCGCCCGUCACCAUGGUGACGACCCCGGCACCUCCUCCGCCAGCAGCGGCAGCGCCGGCGCCGGCGGCAACAGCGGUCACCACGGCGUCGGAGGCGUCGGGGUCCCCGGAGUCCAAGGCGCCGGUCCCCGAGCGGCGAGCGGAGCGGAUCCUGCGCAAGCUGGCGGCGCAGAAGCCUCAGGAGGCCAUCGACCACCUGCACGAAGCCGUGCGGCCGCUGCUGGACCGCGAGCGCGAGCGUCUGGAGCGCGAGCGCGAGAGCCUGGAGCGGCCGGGCGGCGAGGUGGGCGUCAUGGCCGAGGUGGUGCUGCAGGACCCUCCGCUGGGCCGCGAGCGCCUCAACAGCGAGGCGCGCAGCAGCGAGCUGCGCCUCAGCACGGGCGGCGGCGGCGGCGGCAGCGGCGGGAGCAGCCGCUCCGAGCUGCAGGCCGAGCUGCACGGGCAGCCUCAGUCGCGCCACCACCGGCUGGAGCGCCAGCUCUCCAACGAGCAGCUGGUGCAGGCGCGGCGCGACGAGCUGCCGCAGGAGCUGUGGAGGGAGCGGGCCGAGCGCGAGAGGAGGCUGGAGAGGCAGACGUCCAGCGAGAUGGAGGGGCCGGGCGGCGCCGCGCAGGGGCAGGGGCAGGGCCACGAGGCCCGCAGGAGGGACAGACACAGACUGGACAGACAGGAGUCCAGCGACAGAGAACACUCGGACAGACGCUCCACGGAGAAGCGCUCCACCUUAGCUGACAUCGUGGAACAGCUGCAGGAGAGGGAGGCUGCUGUGGCCCGAGGGGACAUCCCUCGCCUGCCCAAUGGCCUACCUGAGAAGGUGUCCAGACCGGAGCGACCGCGGGCGCGAGACCGACCCAAGCCCCGGCGGAGACCCCGGCCCAAGGAGCCCAGCGGCGGGGAGCCGCGAGAGCCGCGGCGUUCGCGGUCAGCGCCGGCCCAGAGCAGCCCGUCUGUCCCCCUGGUGCCGUCACACACGGCCCAGCACGAGGGCUUCCUGUUCCGCAAGCUGGACAUCGAGAGCCAGAAGAAGGCCGCCAACAGCAGGUCUUGGGCGAACCUCUACUGCGUGCUGUCCAAGGGCGAGCUGGGCUUCUACAAGGACGCCAAGAACACCGCCACACCUUACAACAACGAACCUCUUCUGAGCCUCAGCGGCUGCGUCUGCGACGUCAACAACGGCUACAAGAAGAAGAAGAACGUCUUCACCCUCAAGACAAAAGAUGGAAAUGAAUUUCUUUUCCACGCAAGAGAUGAGGAGGAUCUGAAGGGCUGGGUCUCCAACAUCACCAAAAGCAUCACCGAGCACGAGGAGAUCGCCAAGUGGGGCCAGCCCCAGCCUACUACCUCUUCCACGGACGAGGGUACCCGCCGCGACGCCAGGAAGUCGGAAGCGGAGAAGUCGGAGCGGGGCGAGAAGUCGGAUCGCGACCGCGUCUCCGAGCGCUCCGACAAAGGGGAGAAACCAGAGAAGCGCACGGGGAAGAAGAAGUGA